AAUACAGCCCCCCUUUUCACCCCAUGAAUCACGUGAUAGCCCCAUCCGUUUAAGAAGGUGAAUGAACUGAAUGAAUUGAAUGGAAUUAUCUAAUUCCUUUUUUAUUUAUCUUAUCAAUUCUUUAUUCUUAUUGUUUGUAUCAGAUUUUUUUAUGGUGAUUCAUUGUACUGUGGGUAAAUAUAUAUAUGUGUGUGUGUAUGUAUGUUUGUCACAAAAAAAAAAAAAAAAAGUGAUGGGGGAGAGGGAGUAAGCCUGUGAUUGAAAGUAAGGGAAUCCAAACAGCGACCCAGCUUUUUUUUUUUUCUUUUAUUUAUAAAAAAAUGUCACAAAGACCCAUGAGACAGAAUACGGAGAGAAGGACGAUGGCAGCACCACCUCCACCUCAUUUAAGACAAGGAGGAGAUAAUAUGCAAUCUCCAUUGAACAGAACUUCAACUAUUCCUGUUCAACCCUCUUAUCACAGUUUGGAUAUUGAUAUUCCCGAACCACCACAAACGGAAGCUGGACGCUGGACUUUUCAUUCUCAACGAGAAUUCCCGCCUCCUCCUCCAUUCGAAAAGAAACUGAAAAGGUAUCCUACAGGUGCUGAAACAGGUUGUUCUAUCCCUAUCGACCUUUCUCAUCUUCAAGCUCAUCGUUAAAUAUAUUUAAAAUAAAAAGCAUUCUGCAUUUCUAUUUAUUUAUUUGUAACAGUCACCCUUUUCUUUUUUCUUUUUUCUUUUUUUUACCUUUCUUUGAUAAACAAACAUGGAACAUGUGUUAAUGUGGGAUGAGAACAA